AUGAGGGUCUUUGUUUUGCUCGCUUUGGCGGUGGUUUCUGGCUGCAAUGCCAACUUCUUCCACGCUGAUGCACCCAAGCCUCCGAUGGAGGUUCUGACCGAUGCUUUCUGGGACUACAUCGCCAAGGCCAGCAAGACCGCUGACGACACACUGGAGAUGGUGAUGAAAUCGCAGUUUGGAGAGGAAAUCAACGCCCACCUGGCUGAGACCGCCCACGUGGCUAGCAAGUAUGCCAGCAACCUGAAGGAAAAGCUUCCCUUGGCGGCCAAGGGCCUGAUGAACAAGAUCAGCACUGAGGCCGACGUCUUGAGGAACGUUCUGAGCCGGGACCUGAGCUUAGUCAGUGAGCAGUUUGAGCUGUACUCCGGCACCCUGAAGGCUCAGAUCGAGGAGAAAGUAGAGCAGCUGAAGCAGGACCUCAGCACCUACACUGACAAUGUAGAUUCAGACACCCUGAGAGCCACCAUUUUGCAGAACAGCGAGGAACUGAUGUCCAGCCUGCAGCGCAGCAUCACCGACAUCGAGAGCAAGCUGGGCCCCUACACUGACGAUCUCAUGAGGCAGGUUGACGACCACCUGAUGGCCUUCAAACGCAACAUCGGCCCCGUCACCCACAGGGUCCAGGACGAGCUGAGCUUCAGAAGCAGAGAGGUGCAACGCAUGGUGGCCCCCUAUGCCGAAGACUUUAAAGAAAAGCUUGACCAUUUUGCUACUGACAUCCAACAACAGAUUAUGGCCAAAUAUGACUCCUUGGUAAACAGCAAUUAA